GAACGCCACGCCAGACGGCGAAUGACGUAGCACGCACAGUCGCUGUGUUUGGUUGUGGUCGGAGCAAAGGGAGCUAGGAGGAGGAGGAGGAGGGGGGAUCAAGGAAACCUCUAGCAUCGUAGAUAAACACCCUGAAGAGGUGUGACCCCAGCGAGCGCACGGCUGUCACAGUACCGGCAAACACAGUAAAAAAAAGGCCCGGUCGAGUCCUUCAUACAGCGAGGGUCAACAUGUCUGAGACAUACGACUUCCUGUUUAAGUUCCUGGUGAUUGGCAGUGCUGGGACAGGGAAAUCCUGCCUCCUCCACCAGUUCAUUGAGAACAAGUUUAAACAGGACUCCAACCACACCAUCGGCGUGGAGUUUGGUUCCAGAGUGGUCAACGUUGGUGGAAAGACAGUCAAAUUGCAGAUCUGGGACACCGCUGGGCAGGAACGAUUCCGUUCUGUUACACGCAGCUACUACAGAGGAGCAGCUGGAGCUCUCCUCGUCUAUGAUAUUACCAGCCGGGAGACAUAUAAUGCCCUGACCAACUGGCUGACAGACGCACGGACACUGGCAAGCCCCAACAUUGUUAUUAUCCUGUGUGGCAACAAGAAAGACCUGGACGCAGACAGAGAGGUGACCUUCCUAGAGGCCUCGCGCUUCGCUCAGGAGAACGAACUGAUGUUUCUAGAGACCAGUGCUCUGACAGGGGAGAAUGUCGAGGAGGGUUUUCUGAAGUGCGCUCGCACCAUCCUCAACAAGAUAGAUUCAGGUGAAUUAGACCCAGAGAGGAUGGGUUCAGGUAUCCAGUAUGGGGAUGCUUCGUUGCGGCAGCUGCGACAGCCGAGAGGCACCACCUCACAGAUUAAGCAGCAGUGUAAUUGCUAGGGAUCGGGGCCCCACCCUCACCUCAGCCCGCAGGCCCACGCAGACAGGACAUCCCCUACAGCUCCAGGUGCUUUUUGGUGUGUGGGAUCCUUCGCUCUGCAGUCUCACACACCUUGGAUCACCUGGAUAAGUGGUCGUGGAGAUCACUGCAACCCAUGACCCCUGACCUCUGGUAAGACUCUGUAUUUCUUACCUGGGGGGGUCAGCUGUGCUCCUGCGUCUGGACAGGGAAACCACCUCAGUGUGAACACUCCGGGAUCAUAAAGAAGAGGACUCCUCUUCUUCAAAAAUAAGUUUUUCAGUCACUUAACAGACAAGUCAAGGGUUGUGUGGAGGGGCUGCCCUACUGUUGUUUUAUCCCUGUGCUUGUUUAGUAACUUCUACAUGCUUUCUGAGUUUGCACGUCAUUAUUUGUAAAUUAUUAUUGGUAAACUAUUUUCCGCAUUUUCACUGUUCAGGCUAUCUGGAUAAGAUUCAUGUUUAGUUUGGCCAGCGCGCAUAAGUUUUAACAUUCAUGAAGGCACCUGUUGAUAUUAAGCUUUUUAUUAUCCAUUAUUAGAGGUAACUGUACUUUACACACGUUUAGUCUGAUAUUGAUAUUGAGUAAGUGAUAAAAAGUCUAAACAUGACCUCUUAUAAGUAAUAUGAAGUCAUCUUGCACAGAUUUUGGGUUAAGUAUUACUGUAAAGAAAUUUGAACCAGAUGCUACAAAUCUUUACAAAUGUUUCUGCAGUUGUUGUCCUUUAAUGCUUCUCAUCGGAUCUGAAAAUUGAAGCGGUUAAUCAGUGGAUUUAAGUGUAGUUCACAUUCUUAAAGUCAGACAAGCCCAAAUGUAGAACCCAGUACUUUUAGUCACUCUGAAAUGUAUGUUAUAUCGAGUCUUUUAAAUUUUUGCUUUGCCUUAAAGUGCACUGUUCUGAUGUAGCGUAUUGGCCUUAGUAAUUUACUUGAUAUAAUGGAUCUACAGUAUAUUAUACCCAGUCACCAUGUCUUUAAACUGUCAAAGAGAAUGGUACAGUCACUCCACUCUAUGUCCACAUAGACAAGCUUGUGGGUGAGGUUGAAAGCACAAAAAAGAGAAAUGUAGCUCUUUAUUUUACCCCAAAGGCCCCGAAGUCUUCAGAUUUGUAUGAUUAGACGCACACCCUGUUUAAGUCCAUGUGUCUCCGGUACUAUCAAAGUGAAAGAUUAAGAGUUAUCAAUCUCUGCAAACCUAACACUGUUUUUGACUCCUCCUGCUGAGCUUUUUUUUUUUCCAUGACCUCCCUUUGAUUCAUGCUGUUCUACAUGCACAUACUGCAUAGGGGACGUCACAGGAAACCACAGUUGGUUUUGCCUCAGUGCCAUGUUUGGGAAACUUUCAUGCCGCCCACCCAGUUCCCUCAUAGAGGUUGGACAUGUGAUGUUUAAUCGCGCAAGGCUGUAAGUGCGCCUUGAUAAAAGUCAGGAUUCUGUUUUCAACCUUUCAAGUAGUUUUCACUUCUGUUUGUCAAGCACAGAAGUAACUCUGCUCUGCUGCAAAAUGUUACUGAAGCUGUGGAGCCGACCCAGAUGUUUUGUUCUUAGAGCAGACACUGCGUUGCCCCAGAGAGAAACAGGGAAUUUCCACUGAAACAUGGUUUCCUCUUUCCAUGCAACACUGACGGUAUGGCUUGUGGUGCUGCUGGAGGAGAAUGAGGUUGCGAGUUAAUAACCCAAACUCCUGCCCUGCUGUUGAGUCAGAGGCACUGCAUCUGUCUGAACCGCUGAGAGAGCAGGUCACACUGACCCAGCCAAGAGGAGAUCUAAACAAACUGCCUGCAAACGUACUUCUCAUGUCUUCUCCUCAAGUGCUAGCGUAUGUCCUCCCGGACAAACCAUAUGUGUUUAAGCCAGCACACUGAAGGCAGAGACAUGGUGAAUUGUGCAAACAUUAGAGAGUACAGGAUAUCAGGAGACAGAUGGUCAAAAAAAUGUUUUCAUAAAAUAUUGGCUUUGUGUGAUAGUUUGUCUUCUUCUGCAAGUGCACUUUUACUUUUGAAUAUUCAUUUUUGUUUUGUUUAUAUACUGUAACUAUAGAAUUGUACAUUUUAUUUUACUUGAACUAUAUACUGUAAUAAAGAUUUUAAUUGUA